UUUUUUUCUUCUUCUUCCUCAAUCUUCCUCUUUCUCUUGUUUUCGUGCCGCCCCACACUCUCUUUGUCAAACCAUCAAAAUACACAUAGCCAAUACCAUAAACACACGUUCAGCUCCUCAUAGCUCCUGUUACCAUUGUUUUGCCCCAUAAAGUAAACAAAAGAAAGAAAACAUUGAAAAUCCCAAUUACCCUUUGUUUUCUUUUGUUUCUACAAUCAUAUCUGGGAUUGGAUUGAUCUGUGGGAUUUAUUUUGAUUCAUGUUGAGGUUUUAAUUAGGGGGAGAGUUAUCAAAGGAGGGAGUGAGAGGAAGAUGGGAUCAGAAAUUGGAAUCAAAAUAAGGAAAAUUGUUGUCAUUUCAAUCAGAGGUGGUUACAGAUCAGUUUGCAACCAUCCAUUCCUUGUGGGGGUUUUUUGUUUCCUGAUUUUGUUGUACAGAUCUUUUCCUUUUCUGUUUUCUGUUUUGGUCUCUGCAUCUCCUGUUUUGGUCUGCACUGCUAUUCUGCUUGGGACCCUUCUCAGUUUUGGGCAGCCAAAUGUGCCUGAAGUUGAGAUAGAAGAGAAAGUUACUCAUGACAUUUCAUCCUUCCAAGCUGGGUUCUCCGAGGGUGACACUGUUUUUGCUGACAGAGAUGAGAGCUAUUUUGUGAAGGGGUAUUCAGAAAAUAGGAGUGAUGUGGAAGAGAGGGGCAUUGAGGAGGAAGCAAGUUUGGUUAGUGAGAGGGAUAAUAGGGCCGAAGAAGAUCGCGGAUUGCUUUCUUCUGACAUGCCUCCAGAUGAUGAAAAGUUGCCGGAUAUUAUUCAGCCCGAGAAGCAAGAAAAAGAGGAAGUGGAGAGGGAAAUGAAAUUCCAUAGUUUUGAGUUGGGAAAGAAUAGGGAAAUUCAUGAAGAGAACCUUAGGUCUGAAGCUUUUUCGAGUGAUGAUGAAGCUAUUGAGAAACAAUAUGUCAUGGUUCAAAAAGUGGAUGAUGAUGUAUUUGAAUUUGAAAAUGAGAAAAGUCCCGGAGAUCAUUUGGACUUUUCUGCCAGCUCAUCUUGGAAACAGGUGGAAAACGACGAUGACGAGGAUGACUCGGUGGAGUCAGGUUCUGAUGGGGCUGAGAGCUCUUCACCAGACGCUUCCAUGGCUGACAUCAUUCCAAUGCUUGAUGAACUCCAUCCACUACUAGACCUAGAUGCUCCACAGCCGGCUCAUGUGUCCCGUGAUGGUUCUGAUGCUGCAUCUGAGAACUCUGAGAAAAGUGAUGAUGACAGUGUCGAAUCAGACGAUGAUAGUGAAAACCACGGUGAUGCGGACGAUGAUGGUAUUGAUGAGCCUGAUGAUGAAGAGGAAGAAGAAGCGGCAGGUGGCAAAGAGGAGGAUGAAAGUAAAUCUGCUAUUAAGUGGACAGAGGAUGACCAAAAGAAUCUCAUGGAUCUGGGAAAUUUAGAGCUGGAAAGGAAUAAAAGAUUGGAGAAUCUUAUUGCUAGGAGAAGAGCACGGAGAUUGAUGACUGAGAAGAAUCUAAUAGACUUAGAUUGUGCUGAUAUUCCCUGUAAUGUUGCACCUAUUGCUAUGACCAGACGUAACCCAUUUGAUUUUCCUGAUGACUCAUAUGCUGCCAUGGGAUUACCACCCAUUCCUGGAUCUGCUCCGUCUAUUCUACAGCCUAGACGAAACCCUUUUGAUAUUCCCUACGACUCAAAUGAAGAAAAACCUGAUCUUAAGGGGGACAGUUUUCAACAAGAGUUCAAAGUGUUUCAUCAAAAAGAGGCCUUUUUUCGGCGGCAUGAAAGUUUCAGCGUGGGACCAUCAGUAUUGGGGUUAUCCAAGCAAGAGAGGUAUGAUUGGAAACCUGUCUUUAUAUCUGAAAGGAUGGCUUCGGAGGGAACAAGCUAUCCUUCAUUCCAGAGGCAAUCAAGUGAAGUUAGUGAUUCAAAGUUAAGUUCUGUUCCAGAUACUGAAUCUGUGAGUUCAAUUGAUCAGGAUGACAGGAAAUUCAGUGAGCAAGACUUGUCUCAAGAAACUGAAUUUAUAUCUAACAUUGACCAUGUUUCUGAUGUUGUUGAACAUGGAAGCCAAUCCUCUGGAGAAAAUGAUUCUGUGGAGAUGAUACAAGUUGAGGAGAGCAAUGCUUGUCAGGAUGAAGGGGAAAUAGUUCUGGGCGGGGUGGAAGAUCCUUCUGAGAUGGUAUUCUAUCCUGAAACAGGAGAGGUUGAAAUCCACGAACAAUUCAAUGCAGGGGAAACACAUUUGAGAAGAGAACCAAGUCAUGAGGAGAGUGUCGGCAGCAGCAGAUCAAGCCAUUCUUCACUAUCGGAAGUAAUUGACAGCAUACCAGAUGAAAACAUGGAAAAAGCGGAAAAUUUGCAGCAAGGAGAUGAUCAUCUCUCUGAAUCUAGAAUUUCAACACAAGCUUCAGUGGAGGAAUCAAUCUUCCAGCAAGUUAGUGGUGAGGUGGAAGAAAAUCACCAUGUAGACCCUGUUUAUGAUCUUAGUCCACAAGCUUCUGAAACACUCCAAUUGUUUCCUUCAAUAUCUUCUCAUGAUUCUGCUAUGGAGUUGUCUGAGAGGGCAUUGCCUCCUGCUUCAGUAGAAAUGACUGCUAAUGCGGCAGAAGAAGAGUCCAAAGUGCAUGAUCACAGACUGGAAGGUAAUACUUCUGAUCAUGAUAAAACUCAAGCAGCCUCUUCCGAACUACAUGAGGAAGCCAAAAAUGAAUUGAGUUCUGAGAAAUCUGAAGAUGUGAAUAAUGUUACUGCAAAUGAGUUAUCUGCAGUUGCCCCAAAUUUUGUUGAUCAGAAUGGAUCUACAAUGGCUGAGCCGCAGGUUGUCCCUGUUUCUGUGGAUUCAAAUUUGUCUUCUGAUAUUGGAUCAAUAAAGGAUGUGACUAAUUUAGGCUUAGUUCAUGGGCAGGAUCUAGCUGACUACAUACGUGCUGAUUCUGAAGUUCUUCACCAAGACAGUGUAGAUUCUCCAGAUUCAGAUUAUCAAAUGGCUUCUGAAAAGUCACAUCUAUCAGAUAAUGAAUCUGUGGAGGAAGGAGCACUGCCCAAUUUAGAAUCAAGAUUUGAUAAUGCAAAUAUGUCUACGUCAGUCCAAGAUGCAGAUGAAAUGUUUGAUUCUGCGGCUUCUGAUGCCCACCAUAUUUCUUCUAAUGGUUCACCUAUGGCUGCCCCACGGGAUUUAGAGCUCUCACCUGCAGCAGGGCCAUCACCAGUGGUUCAUCCUGAUUCACCUUCUGAAGAAACUGAACAUAUAGAAAAAUUUUCAUCAAAUAAUGAUGACAUAUUUCAGAUUCAGCAAGGUAAAACCAACAUCCACCAAGAUUUGGAUAAGAAUACGGUUGCUUUCACUUCGGGCAGUCAACAUGAAAUUGAUGUGAAGUCUCCCUCUAACUUGGAGAAUGAUCUGUCAAGCUCUGAUAAAUCAGUUGUUGCACAAUCUUCUAGUGAUCAUGAUGAAAUUCAGAGUUCUAAUGCUAUCCAGGUUGAAUCUGCACACUGUUUUGGCACUUCCAAUGAUGAAGUUGGAGAAUUGCAUGAUGCAGUUGACAAAUUUCCUCCAAGCAUUUCUUCUGUGACCUCUGAAAAAUUUGAGACCCCUAAAUUCAGGUCACCCACUGGUGAAGCAGAUUUGGAAGUUGAUAGGCACGGGGAAGUUGAAAAUGAAGACCAAAAUGAAGUGCUAGAAACUGCGCUUCAUUCAGAAGAGAGCAUGUCUCAGGUUACUGAAGAAAAUAGCAAUGAAGAAUUUGAUGAUAUGAAGGAAAUUGAUGAAGAAUUCUUGUCAGAAUUGGACACUGUUGGAGACUUUAGUGUCAAUGAUGCUGGUGUAUCACUUCAUACUGGCAUUGAACAUGAGAAAAUUAGAGAUGCUCAACUUAGUUCACUCCCUAAGGAUGUAAAGACAGAAGAGUUUGAGCAGGACAUCCCAGUUCUUGAAGCAAGAUCACUUGAAGAUAUUAACUUGGCUUUUAAGCAACUUCAAGAAGGCGUGGAUGUCGAAGAGGUCAUCAAUCGAAGUACUAUUAAGGAUCAGAAUGUCGGUGGAGAAUCUAAAGAUCAUCUGGAAAUUAAUUCAGACCUUCAAGUUGUUGAAGCCAGAUCUCUAGAAGAUAUUAACAUUGCUUUAAACCAAGUCUCUGAAGGUAAUAAAGGGGAGCUGCCAAAUUCUUUGGAUUCGAAAGACACUUCAGUCAAAGUAGAAGAAAAUGAGGAUGGCUCAGCCAAGGUGAAUGAAUUCUUUAACGUAGCAACCAGUUCUGAGGAAAUGAGCAGAACUACAGUGGAUAAAUCAGAAGAUGUACCUAAUAGCAGCUCCGGUAUCGAGGAGAAAUCUCACAGUAGGAAAUCUAGUUCCAGCUCGAGCUCAAGUGAUUCUGAUUGAUACCGAAAGGCCACUUUGAGCAAGAAGAAAGAGUUGUAAGUUUCUCAUUUAUGUUUUUUAUUUAAUUUUUUCUUCAGUGAUGGGAGUUUGGGUAUCUAGCCUUGGCACCAAUCAUGUCUUGGCUAAUGGUAGUCACAAGUCAGGUUUCUCAAAUUUUGUUGGAUUGGUUUCUUCAAGAAUGAGUUUUUGGUUUUAUUUCUUGAAGCGUGAAGUUUUUUGUUCAGUUUUAUCCCGCGAGUGUGAGUAAUUUGACAGAUAUAGGUUGAGUGUUUAUUUCCAACAGGUGCACAUUGUGUAGUCCAAAAAGAACAAAAGAAAAAGAAAUUGAAUUAUUGUACAUUAUACUUUGAUUGUAGAAAUGGUGAUUGGACUUUGUUUGUGUAUACAUCAA